AUGGAUUGUUCGACUGAGAAAUUCGGCCCAUUGACCGGGCGAGGCUACCUUACUUGGUCGAAAAAGAUGAAGAGAGUGCUGAUGUCAAAAGGGCUGUGGCCCAUUGUCGAAAGAGGCUACAAAAAGCCCUUUAACGAGUGGCUCGACUCCCGAGAAAUGGAAAAACUGAACAAACUCAUAAAGAACGAUUCCAAUGCUCUGAGCCUCAUUCGCCAGUCUCUCGCGCCACAAAUUUUGAUGCUGGUCGUGAACGCCGACACUGCCAAGGAAACUUGGGACAAACUACGUGACCUGUUUCGCAAAAUGCCCAAAGCCGAGACCUUCACCGGAGAAAAUGCUAAUGGAAUGCCUCUUUCGGGAGAUAAACCGUUCUUCGACAUUUGUCUGGUUAAAUCGGCAGUUCAGCCUACUUGCCUUCUGACAUUUCCGAACGAAGUGGGUAAAAUGUUGCCUACGACUUGUGUCACGGCAAAUGUGAAAUGUUUGGGGAAGGUGUACAAAAUAAACUUCAAUGGGGAAAGGAGGCAAAAAUGUUUGAGCUCUGGAUGGAGGCAGGUGGUGAUUGAACAUGGUCUUUCGGAGGGCGAUUUUGUCGUGUUUGAAAUAGUCGAGUGCAGCAGUUUGCGGCUCGAUAUCAAUCUUCAGGUGCUGAGGAAUGUCAUUCCACCAGAAUUGGAAGACGAGAUUCGAAGGAGGGAGGCUCAUAUGGUUGAACUCAAUUGA